GAAGUUGCCUUCUUCAUUGCUUAAUUAAUUAUAUUACUCAUCGAUAGUUUAAAUUGAUACAUCGGCGAUUUCCGUUGACUAAAAUCCGUACCGUCGGACCAAUUUACAAGGAGUGAGCCAGUGCAAAUAGCAACUUGGUGCGAUCGCAUAUUUUUCGCGUUUCCUUCCCCGUCGCGCGCGAUUAAUCCCGAGGUGUUACACAAAGUGCCACGAUGUCCCGAUCAUCCCACGAGGUUUGGUCAAUCGUCUCACCAGAUUUGGUCAAUCAUGCCACGAAAACAAUAAACGCGGGAAAACCAUCGGAAUGGAUAUACUUGGCGCAUGCACGGGCCCCCUGUGGCCCCUCAACGUGGCACCUGUUGUCCACCAUUGGAUUCGAGCUGCUGCGUCAUCUCACGCAUGCGCACGAGGUCUCCUGUAGCAGACGAAUCCUUGCAGCUCGAGCCCGAGUGCGGCGACGAUUCGCCGCCGGGGCGGCCAAUGGGGCGCGAGUCCACGAGAAUGUUACACGCAGCUGA